GCCUCAUUUCAACCCUGAUUCUCGAGGUGGAAGGACGAUUUCUGUUUCUCUCUUCAGACAAACACACAAAGCUUCACUCUGCUGAAUCUUCAGACGGUCACAGUGAAGAUGUUGGCUGCUCUGGUUGUCCUGGUAACAGCCCUGCAUGGCGCUGCGGCAAUGACUCACUCUCUGCAGUAUUUCUACACUGGAUCGUCUCAAGUCCCAAACUUCCCAGAGUUUGUGGUUGUUGGUUAUGUUGAUGAGAUUGAGAUGGUUCACUAUGACAGUAACAGCAAGAAAGCAGAACCCAAACAGGACUGGAUGAUCGAAGCCACAGAAGGAGAUUCUCAGUACUGGCAGAGUCAGACUGAGGGACUGAUGGGUACCCAGCAGGUCUUCAAAAACAACAUUGAAGUUUUAAAGCAGCGCUUCAACCAAACUGGAGGUGUCCACAUUAACCAGUGGAUGUAUGGCUGUGAAUGGGAUGAUGAGACUGGUGAGGUCAAAGGUUACCAUCAGUACGCUUUUGAUGGAGAAGACUUCAUAUCAUUGGACCUGGAGAGAGAGAUAUACGUUGCUCCAAAACAACAGGCUGUCAUCACCAAACAUAAGUGGGAUAAUAACAAAGCUCAGAUAGCUCAGAACAAGCACUACUACACCCAGUAUUGUCCUGAGUGGCUGAAGAAGUACGUGAACUUCGGGAGGAGCUCUCUGCUGAGAAAAGACCUUCCCUCAGUGUCUCUCCUCCAGAAGACUCCCUCCUCUCCAGUCAGCUGCCACGCUACAGGUUUCUACCCUGACGGAGCCAUGAUGUUCUGGAGGAAAGAUGGAGAGGAGCUUCAUGAGGACGUGGAGCUCGGAGAGAUCCUCCCCAACCACGAUGGAUCCUUCCAGAUGAGUGUUGACCUGGACCUCUCAUCAGUCAAACCUGAAGACUGGACCAGGUACGAGUGUGUGUUUCAGCUGGUUGGUGUGAAGGAGCACAUCUUCACCAGACUGGAAGAAGUAAAGAUCAGGACCAACAGAGAGAAGCCCACUGACAUGACCGCCAUCAUCAUCGCUGCAGUCGUUGUUCUUGCUCUCAUCCUCAUCGCUGUGAUUGGAGUCCUGAUUUGCAGAAAGAAGAAAGGCAAAUGCGAGUCAUCCUGUGAAAACAACUCUGAGCUCUCUGAGAAACUGAAUUCUGGAAAAGAAAACCCUGAAGGCCAAACACACAACCCUGCACAAAGUGGGUUGCUUCAGGAGACGUGAACUUUUCACACCUGCUGUUCAACAAAGACGCCUUCAACUUUCUGUCAUUGUUUCUUAUUCAACUUUUGUGACACAAUGUAGCUUUAAAGAAAAUAUUUGACUUUAUUCAGAUUUUCCAUAACAAAGUUGAGAGUUUAAUAAAAAGUGUGAAGAGAAAGGCAGAGAUUCUUUCAGAAACCUUCACAUCAGCAGGUCAGAUAAAGUCAAAUAUUAAAAAGUCAAAUAUGAACCUUAAGAAAAACAUUGACACCAAAUCAAUGAAACAAAAAAUUAAAUAUGAAUAAUUUGUUUUAAAAGCAUAUUAACUAAAUGUUUACAAAAUGUGGACACUUAAGUUAAUGAAUUGUGGAUAUUUGAGGUCUAAAUGAAGCUGUAAAUAUGAGGCUUUGUGGAGUUUAACCCUCCAAACCUCUCUGGUAAAUAAUUAAGUUUAUAUAUAUAUAUUUUUCAUUUUGUCUUUAGGUUUAUGGAAACAUUUUGCACCGUGUCUGUAGUGCACUAUGGGACAUUUAGCAGAUAUGGUUAAUAAAACAGUGGUCAUAAAUACUAAUAUAAAACAUUGUGCAAUAAUCAGUGUAAUAUUAACAAAGGAUGGCUGGGGGCAAACACACUUCCAUUGUUUUUUUAUUAUAAGUUAUAUACAUGAAGCUUAUGUAAAAUGUCUGAUUCUCUGAUGAGAUUUACAAAACAUUUUUGAUUUGACUUCUGCAGAAUUUCUCACAUAUGAGAACCAUGAACGACUUUGUGUUUCAUUCUGAAGUGAACAAUCAUUUAAUUUGCUUUGAAUUCUCAGGAAAUCAUUCUUUUGUAAUUGAAAUAUAAUGCAAAGAAAAGACCAAAUGUCAAACCUUUUUUAAAUGAGUGACAUUUUCCUGGUUAACAGAUUCAUCAGAUAUGGUUUAACACAAACUGGUGGUGAGUAUAAAUAUUAGACACAAGCCUGAAGUGGAAGGUGAGCUUCUCAAGGGUUUUAAUAUUUAUAGUGUUCCACUUAAACAUCUUAAAUCCAGAAACCCUGUGACACAACACUGGACAACAUGUGUUGUUGUUGUGUGAUGCUGGUGUCUCUCUGAGUCCUGUCAUGUCCCGUACAACACUUCUAAACUCUGUCAUGUUGUGGAGAUGAUCUCUGAUCUGGUUUACAA